GGCUGCCUGGCGCUCCCGGGGCUGUGGGCGCCGCCAUGUUGAGUGCUGGAGCGGCGGGGAUGGGGUCGGUGCGGGGAGUCACCGGGAGCCUGAGAAGCCUCAGUAAGAGACUUUAUUCAGCGAGAGCUGCCCUUAAGUAUGAAGCUGCGGCAGCCUCCCAGAGAGUUAAGCUUCCUGCUCAGGAGUUCCAGGUUUCCAAGUUACCCAGUGGGCUGGUGAUUGCUUCUCUUGAGAAUUACUCCCCUACCUCAAAGAUUGGAGUCUUCAUAAAGGCAGGCAGUAGAUAUGAGAAUGCGGGGAAUCUGGGUAUCACUCAUGCUCUGCGUUUGGCUGCAAACAUGACCACAAAGGGACAUUCUUCAUUCAAAAUAACCCGUGGCAUAGAAGCUGUUGGUAGCACCCUGAGCGUGACAUCUACGAGGGACAAUAUGAUCUACACUGUGGAUUGUAUACGGGACUAUGUUGAUACUGUAAUGGAAUAUCUGAUCAAUGUUACUGCUGCUCAGGAGUUCAGACCCUGGGAGCUGUCUGCCCUCCCUCCCAGAAUAAAGGUAGACAGAGCAGUUGCCUUUCAGAAUCCACAAAUAGCUGUUCUAGAGAACCUGCAUUCAGCUGCUUACUGUAACGCCCUCAGCAAUUCCUUGUACUGUCCUCAAUACAUGAUUGGUCAGCACACAUCAGAUAAGCUCCAUGAGUUUGUACAAAACAACUUUACAAGUGGAAGGAUGGCUCUUGUUGGAUUGGGGGUAAACCAUGAUAUCCUGAAACAGGUGGGGGAACAUUAUCUGAACAUGAGGAGUGGUACUGGCACAGCAGGAGCCAAGGCGAAGUUUCGUGGAGGUGACGUCCGCAGUCAGAGCUCUGCUAGCCUGGUCCAUGCUGCUGUGGUAGCAGAGGGUAUUGCAGCAGGAACUGCUGAGGCCCACGCAUUCAGUGUGCUGCAGCACAUCUUGGCUCCUGGUCCAUACAUCAAAAGAGGCAGCAAUGUGUCCAGCAAGCUGCACCAGGCAAUUGCAAAGAAAACUUCAGACCCAUUUGAUGUUUCAGUUUUUAAUGCAAACUACUCUGACUCUGGUCUGUUUGGCAUUUACAUCAUCUCACAGCCUGGUUCAGUAAAUGAUGUCAUCGGGACUGCACUGGCUCAAAUCGGCAUCAUUGCAAAAGGCAACGUCACCGAGGCUGAUAUCGCACAGGCCAAGAAACAACUGAAAGCCAAGGCUUUGAUGGCCGUGGAGACCUCUGACGGACUCUUGGAUGAGAUUGGCUCUCAGGUGCUGGCAUCUGGCACGUAUAUACCCACAUCCAGGGUGCUACAGGAGAUCGACUCAGUGUCUCUCAAUGACGUGGAGAAUGCUGCAAAGAAGUUUGUAUCUGGUAAAAAGUCGAUGGCAGCCUGCGGUAACCUGGAAAACACACCGUUCCUAAAUGAGCUGUGAUUGUCAUCAGCAGAACAUCCUGAAGAGCUGCAUUUGUACUUUAUAUCUGCUAACAUAAGACUGGUCUCAAGGACUACCCUUUUAUCCCCACUAAAGUUGCUGAGUAGCAUAUGUCAUUAUCUUUAUUUUGUCACAUUGAAACUAAACAUAGGUAAGUGGCUGGGAAAGUGAUGUUGUUGCAGCUCUCUAUACAUCUGUUGUAAAUUAAGUUUACUUGUCUCAGAAUUGUCCUCCCAUCAAUAAAUCAUUCGAUUUAACAUA